CCCCUUUUCUGAAUCAGGUAGCAGCAGAGCGUGUGGACAUGGAAACCGGACUUCCCAGCAAGAAGCCAUGGUGGACCGAGCCUGAAAACUUUCGUGCUCCAAGGGUAUUUUACUUGGAAGAGGACCAGGAGGAGCUUAUCUUCGGACACAGUGACACAUACCUUCACUGCAUCGAGGUGCACAGCUACACCCUCAUUCAGCUGGAGCGUUGGUUUACCGCCAGAGGCCACACUCGUGUCAUUGCAGUCGGGCCAUUCAGAGCAACGCAGUGGCUGUUGCACAUGAUGUCCCGCGUGAUAAGCCAGGACUCCUACCAUCACGCCCAGGGCCUCAAGAUGCUGGAGCGGGUCCGGAGCCAGCCCCUGACCGAGGAUGAUCUGGAGACCCCCAUGAGCAUGGAGCAUAUGGGGGACCUGUCAUUGGCCAUCAGCAUGAGUGGAACCAUCUCUCUUAGUGCUCCUGAGGCUAGCCCUUCCCACCUGGCUGCUUGUUCUGGGUUCCAUCUGAGUUCCCUCUAUUGGGGAUAAAGGACUGAUCUCCUGGCUCAGGCUUUGAGAAAGCCUUGAAAGACACUAUUACAUCUGACUUCUGUGGGCCCGUCCUGUACCUCGCAGGCCUUCUAGGCUUGUGUCUUGGGGGAGCUCCCUAAAUGUAAGAACCUGUUCUGUAAUACUGGCAACGACACCGAAUAAGACAAGCCACCUAAUAAGCAAAGCCUUCAGCGUGCUGUCCUCUUUCCUUUGGAUAAACUUAUGCAGCCCAGAAGGAGCUUCUCUGGGCAAGCCU